GGAAGGGUCAGUCUGUAAGCUUCAAAAAUGAGUGAACAAACCUCUGCAGUGCCAACUUCUGGUGAAACACAAGCUGCCAAGAGAAGAAAAGUGCAACUUACUACUGCACAAUGUCAGGAACGAAGCAGUAGUGAGGAGGGGGCCAUACCACUGACAAACCCAGCGGCAGUGAAAACAAGCUCUAAAGAUCCAAACAGGGGUCUUUAUCCUAGGUCUAGAGCAAAUAAAACCAAGAGUAGGAUGCCAGAAAAUGAGAGUUCUAAGAUAAACCUUGAAAUGACUGCUCAGUAUAAUGGUUUUCAGCCUGCAGGUUAUCAGUACACAUUGAAUAGAAGCCCCAAACAGUCACCAGGAAAGAGACAUAUCAUACAGAAAAACAAGUUGACAAAUUAUUUUUCAUCAACCAAACCGGAGUUCAGUGAAUGCAUAGGAGCUGACAAUACUGAGGAUGCACCUGUACAGUGCACACCACCUCAAAGUAUUACUUCAUCAUCAGAAAACUCAGUACCUUCCACUUCCAAAGCAAGCAUAUCUGAUGAAUGCAUAGGAGUGCGCUUUAAGGAGGAUGGGACCUUGAAGUUUACACCCCUUGAUAGCAUUCCAACAUCACAUAGCUCAUCACCAUCUUUUUCCACUUCCACUUCCAAAGCAAGCAUAUCUGAUGAAUGCAUAGGAGUGCGCUUUAAGGAGGAUGGGACCUUGAAGUUUACACCUCUUGACAGCAUUCCAACAUCACAUAGCUCAUCACCAUCUUUUACCAAAAUUAGAGAAUUCGGUGGAAUUAAAGGAGCAAACCAAAGUGAGGAUGCACCUUUACAGUGUACACCCCCUCACAGUAUUAAAACAUCUUUGCAGAACUUGUCUUCCAGUUCUAAAGGUUCCUCACCUUCCAGUUCUCAAACUAGAAAAACUUGUGUGAUGUAUUCUCCCCUCAAGAAACUUGAAAAUGGCACAUAUGUGUGUGAAAAGUCUCCAGUAAAUGCAACAACAUCAAAGACUACACUUUGGCCUACCUUAGCACUGGAUGAUGACAGCAGUGACUUUGAGAAGAAAGGUGCUACAAGCUUUAGCACACAGAGGAAGAAUUUUUCAAGAAACAUAUUUGAUGAUGAUAGCAAUGAUUUUGAUUGCAAUAGUGCCACAGUUUUCAGUUCUCAAAGAAAUGGAUUUUCUAGAAGCACCAACACUGCAACCAAAGUAGAUCCACAAAAAGGUGAAAAGACUUCUGUAGAUGAAAAGCAGAGAUAUGAAACAGUUGGUAACUUAAGUGACAAGUAUGGACUCCUUGGAACUGGAGAGGUUGACCUGACUGGAGAUGAGACUGACAGUGAUAAAGACUAUUUUUCCAUGCUGCCAAUUGAAGUGAUUGAGAACAUACUCUGUCAGCUGCCCAUGUUGGAUUUAGCUCUGAAUGUCAACAGAGUCUGCAGUCAAUGGAAUGACAUCAUAUCAGAUGAAAGGUUUGUACCUUGGAAAAAGAUGUACCACAAACUUAAAAAAGAUGAUGAAAAGGCCAUCCAGUUCACCAAAAAUUUGCUUGUAGAAGGAAACAUGAAAACAAUCCCUGAUCUUUUAAUGGGAUUAAUCAGGCACUUAAAAGACCAUAAACCUGUCACAGUCAGGGUCAAUACCAUGUCAGAGUGCCUGAGAAGACACACUAAAUAUGAAUGUGCAGAGGAUCUCUUGAAGGAGAGACUGGAGGACUGCAUAGUGGAUGGAGUACCAAAUCCAUGGAGUUUGAUCACAAUGCUAGUGAUCAUUUCGGAGACUGUACAUGACAUUGAGGAAGUAAUAGAGUGCCUGCUGUGUGCUCACUCCCAGUGUACAGCUAAUGAGGUGGUGGAGUGUUUGUAUCACAUUGCAGUUAUAUUGCUGGCAUUCAAGAAGAACUUUUCAACUGGUCCUUGGAAUGGUAUCCUCUACAGACUGUACUAUGCCUUGUAUCUUCAUGAGAAUUCCACUACAUCUAACAUGCUUGACCUGACUGGUGUAUUUGAAAAAUCCAAAGGACAGCAGAGCCUUUUGAAAUAUGGCAAAGCAACAGGGUUGAAGAUGACACAUGAACAACAAAGAAUCAUCAAUCACAAUGUUGCAAGAGGAGAUGUGCUCAAAAUCAUUGCCUUUGCAGGGACUGGAAAAACGUCCACUUUGAUCCGAUACACCCAGUUCAGGCCUAGUACCUCAUUUGUGCUUGUAGUCUACAAUAAGGCUGUCAGUGAUCGGAAUAAGAGUGCCUUCCCAUCCAAUGUGAAUAGCACCACUGGGCAUGCAUUGGCAUUCAGGAGUUUUGGUGUAAAAUACAAAUCCAAACUUGGGGAUGUCAAAGUGAGCCAUUUGCUUGAUUUCCUUCCCAAUCUGAAAGGAUUUAACAGUUUUUUGAGAUGCAAGGCUGUGCGUGAUACCAUCAAUACUUUCAUGAACUCUGCUGAUCCCUUCAUCACUACUGCUCAUGUACCGUUGACUGAAAUGGGUAAAAAUGGUCAACCGAAAGAUAUAGACCAUGAAAAGAAAAUGCAAUAUUCACAAGAUGCUUCUAAAGCAUGGGAAGUGAUGAAGAAUGUAUCAAAUUGUCAACUGAACAUGCCUCAUGAUGGUUACUUGAAGCUAUUCCAACUAUCCAGAGUUCCAGAGAAAGUUCUGAGCAAAUAUGACUGCAUCUUGAUAGAUGAAGCACAAGAUUUAACUCCUGCCAUAGCUGACUUAUUGUUAAGACAACCACAGGCCAAGAUAUUGGUUGGUGACCCCCACCAGCAAAUUUAUGCAUUCCGUGGAGCUGUAAAUUCCAUGAGACAAGUGGAAAAUACACACACUUUCUACCUGACACAGUCAUUCCGUUUUGGACCAGAAAUUGCCUAUGUGGCAAACUGUGUUCUUGAACAUCUCAAGAAAGAGAAGACAAAAACAUUGGUUGGCAGUGGUGUGCCAGGUGGUGUCUAUGGGGACCAGGAGGGACAACUGGCAAUACUGUGCAGGUGUAACUACACUGUAUUCAAUGAGGCGACAAAGAAGUGCUGCUACACAGAUAAAAAUCUGAAGGUAGCAUUUGUAGGGGGCACUGAUGGCUUUGGGUUCCCUUUCUUAAUGGAAAUCUAUGCCAUGCUGCUGUCAGAGGAACAGCGCAAAAAAGAAAACAGAGCAAUAAAGAACCGUUUACUUCAGAAAUUUCUGAAGCAGCCAUGUCCAUUCGGUGCUUUAGAAAAGUUUGCUGAAAAUGUAGAAGAUGCAGAUUUGCUGGGAAAAAUAAAGAUUGUGAAGACAUUUCAUCACAGAUUGCCAAACAUAGUAGACAAGAUACUUAGUAAAACAGUGGGGGAUUUGCGGCUUGCAGAUGUGGUUUUCAGCACUGCUCACAAGUCAAAAGGUUUGGAGUUCAGCACUGUGCAGCUGACAGAUGAUUUCCUUAUUAAUUCAGAUGGUCAAACAGUGGAACACAAAGAAGAUGAAUGCAAUAUUCUGUAUGUGGCAGUUACAAGGGCUAAGAAGCGACUUCAGAUGAAUGAAAUUUUGAUGAAACAUGUGCUCAGACAUUUAGGAGAGCAGUUUGAGUACCCAGUUUCCAGUAAAUCACUAGAAAAGGAUGGUGCAUCAAUCAAGUGCAUGUACACAGACCAAGUCUUUAAACCAAAUGCUGCUACACUAGUCAGAAGGACUGUAAAGAUAGAUGGUGGAAGAGUCACAUUGGAUGGUGGAAUGCACAGCCCAGUUGUUGUACACCAGAACUACCCAGCUUGGAGAGAGCUAUUAGGUACACCUGGCUCUGGGGAAGACACUUCUUCUCAGGACAGUGAUUACCAAUACAUUAUGGAUGAGGAUAUGGUGGAUGCCAUGGUUGGAUGGUUUAUGUAACCAGUAAUGGGCAGAAUCAUACUAUUUGUAUGAUUUGACAAUUCCAGUGGCAGGGAUGAUGUGAAUGACAGCCCGGUGAACUCCACACUUAAGCGAGUUGUGGCAAGGCUUUUUAAUGCCUAUUAAAUUUGGGGUGAAAUUGCUAGGUGGUAGUAUGUCUGUUAUGGCCUUUUACUGGAUUAAAUGACCUCAGCUCAGUCCAAAAGUAGAUGCAGAAUGCAAAAAUAGAUG